UAGAGUCACAGCCAAAGUUCCUCCCCCUCCGCUAUUUCACAUGGCUCUGGUUAGGAAGCCUCUGAGUCAAGAUAAUUCAUGUAGUUUCGGAUAGGACAUACACACCCUUGUGCACAGACACACACAUGCGCGCACACUCACAAGACAGAGACACUUGUGUCCCGCUGUCACACUCUGUGUGUGGACUUGCUUGGAGCAGAUGGUCUAAAAUGAGCUCCUCAGGCUGGAUACUGGCUGUGUGUCUUGUGGUUCUUGGAGGAGAAGGACAUGCUGUGCGGGCUGAAGAACGGUCGGGCAGCGAGAGGAACUGUUCUGCUAUUCCUCCGUAUUUGCCACCAACAGCUGUGAACACAACUCUUCGGCUUCGUGAGCUAAGAGCGUCCAUGAUCCCCCUGAACAUCUCUGCCUACAUCAUUCCUGCCACUGAUGCUCAUCUGAGUGAGUACAUCGCCCCUAGAGAUGCACGGUUGGCCUGGAUGUCUGGCUUCACUGGCUCUGCAGGCACAGCAGUGAUUACUCAAAACAAGGCUGUUUUGUGGACCGAUAGCCGCUACUGGAUUCAGGCACAGAGACAAAUGGACUGCAACUGGGAGCUACAGCAAGAUAGCUCCAUCCGCAGCAUCACCAACUGGCUGAUCCUGGAGGUCCCUGAAGGAGAUCAGGUGGGCUUUGACCCAUUCCUCUUCUCUGUAGACACAUUUGACAUCUACAACACCAACCUGGCUCCAGCGGACCUGAUCCUGAAGUCUAUUUCUGAUAAUCUGGUGGAUAAAAUAUGGACAGAUCGACCUCCUCUGCCUCCUGACAACCCCACGCGCUUACCUGACAGUGUCAUCGAAAGGACCUGGCCAAUGAAAGUGGAGCAAAUACGAGCCCAAAUAAUUGACAAUCCAUACAAACCCACUGCUGUGCUACUUUCAGCUCUGGACGAGACCGCAUGGCUGUUUAAUCUACGAGGCAACGACAUCCCUUAUAAUCCAUUCUUCUAUUCUUACACUCUGCUGUCGAUGGAUGAGAUAUGGCUCUUUGUGCACACAGAACGAAUUACAGAAGAGCUGAAGGUGUAUUUGAAUGCUUCGUGCUACCAGUCGCUCUGUGUUCAGCUGCUCGAGUACAGCUCUGUGCGCAUGUAUCUGCAGUCAUAUCUACAGAGACCCAACGUCAGGGUUUGGGUUGGUACAGAGUACACCAACCAGGCCCUGUAUGAGCUCAUCACUCCUGAGGACAAACUACUGACCAGCACCUACUCUCCAGUACUGACCACCAAAGCAGUGAAAGAUAUGACGGAGCAGCGGAUUCUCAAAGAGGCUCAUGUUAGAGAUGCAGUCGCAGUCAUGCAGCUUCUGCUGUGGCUUGAGAGGAAAGUUCCAGAAGGCACAGAGACAGAGAUUACAGCAGCUCUUUUUGCUGAUCAGUGUCGCAGCAAACAGAAGAACAGCCGGGGGCCGAGUUUUGAAACCAUUUCUGCAAGUGGACCCAAUGCUGCUCUUGCUCACUACAGUCCAUCUAAUGAGACCGCGAGGAAGCUGACAGUGGAUGAGAUGUAUCUUGUCGACUCCGGAGGGCAGUACCUUGACGGCACGACUGAUAUAACCCGUACUGUGCACUGGGGUAAACCCACUGACUUUCAGAAGGAGGCCUACACAAGGGUGCUCAUGGGAAAUAUAGAGAUUUCAAGAGCCAUCUUUCCUGCUGGAACUAGAGGGGUAAACAUGGAGAUGCUGGGACGAAGAGCAUUAUGGGAAGUUGGUUUAAAUUACGGUCAUGGCACAGGUCAUGGUGUGGGGAACUACUUUGGAGUUCAUGAAUGGCCUGUGGGUUUUCAGUCCAAUAAUAUUCCAUUUCAAGAGGGAAUGUUUACCUCAAUUGAGCCUGGUUAUUACAAGGAGAAUGACUUUGGUAUUAGGAUAGAGGACAUUGCUGUCACUGUUCCAGCUUCUACAAAGCAUAGCAGCAAGUACCUGACAUUUGAGACUGUUUCACUGGUGCCUUAUGACAGAAACCUGAUAGACACAUCUCUUCUAAAUCUUGAGCAGUUGCACUGGUUGAACUCUUACUAUGAGACGAUCCGGCAUUUGGUCGGACCUGAGCUGCAGAAACAGGGCCUGAAGGAGGAGUACAACUGGAUGAUGAAGCACACGGCCCCGUUCCUCAUAGCUGGAGCUUCAGCCAUGGUCUCCUCAAUCACACUCUUCUGCACAGUACUGCCCUCUGUUUUACUGUACAAUCUGCUGUAAGAUACUUCAGCGCUGCAAAAGCCACCGUCAGGUACAAACAGCAAACUCCAGUGCUGAAUUACUCUGUGAUCUGGUUGUUUUUCAAUCCAUUUUCUAAAGAUUUACCAAAUCUUGCUAGGAUUUAGCCUGUGUUUGAAUUAUUGUUUAUAUUGUAGAAUAUAUUUUAUGACCAAGUUGUUGCACAUAUUUAAUUAAGGUUACUUAAAAGGACAAUUAAAAUGUAUAUGCAUGUAUAGGCAGAUAUUAUUAGACAAUCUUAUGAUUUGAUUUAUAGUUGUUUUUGUGAUGGGAUUACUUCACAAUUCUUUAAUUUACAGUCAGAAUUUCUAGGCAUCAAACUGGACCAAAUCACAACAACAAAAACCAAAUCCAGACAACAAAAACACCCUCAACAUGGAACUUCUAGCACACACAAAAAUCUAGAUUUCAUGCAUUCACAUUUUAAAGGGCACCUAUGGUGAAAACUUUUCAAGCUGUUUGGACAGACAUAUGUGUAAGUAUAGUGUAUAGACCGUCAUAUUGCUGUGAAAUUAACACACCCAGUCCUUCUUUUUCAAUUUAACAACAUGAAAACGGUGGUCCAAUUGGAGCGGUUUUGAGACAGAACGCAACUUGACGUAGGAGUGCGGUCCCCCCGCCCACCGAAUUGAUUGACAGCUGCGUAUUAACAUGUCUCCGUAGUAAUGCGUAUUAUCAUGUCAACAAGACAGAACAUGCGCAAAACAACUGGCAUUAAAAAUCUGUUCAGCUCUCUGUGAUCAUCAAUCAUCUUCAAAUGUGAUCAAGAGUGAGUUUUACAAGUUUAAAAUGUUUUAAAACAGUGCAUGUGUGUAAUGAAUUACAGCGAUUUACUUCAGCUUUACUUCAUCAGCACAGCCGCGUGUCAGAACAAUUAUAAAGGAAGACGCUUCAAUCCCGGUUUGUGGACGUUAAAUCAGGUUUAUUUUGUACAUUAACAUAACAGAUAUCCAGACAGCAGUGGAGAUAAACCAGCAUCCUGUCACAUUUGCGUGCAAAAAGAGUGCAAAGCUGUGUGUGCGUGAACUUUGUAACGACAUUGUGUGUGACUCAUUAUUGCAACUCCACAACAAAUGCAUCAAAUACUUAUUGAUAAAUGAGUCUUACUGUAGUAUUUCUCACAAACGUUACGUGAGAUCUUUUUUCAUGUCGGUCUUGUUGUCUGAGGCACGUGGAAAUGGUGGGCGUGAAGGACUAGCCUUAAAGGCGCAGUACACAAAAAACGCCACCUGCUGCUCAGAACUAUAAAAUAGAAACUUAUGAAGGGUAUAAU